CGUGACCUGAAUGGAAGAGGUUCAUCCCGGCCGUGGUUGCCCCGUUACGUCGAGGCAAUCCGUUCCACGUUGAACGCACUGUGACGAUGAACCUCGCGUGAAUGGUUGCCCAUUGAGACUGGCUUUUCGGCCAGCCUAAUCCUAUAGUAUUCUCAUAAAUCAGACUGAAGGCAAUUUGAGCAAGAUGGCAAUCACAGACUCCAUCAAUUUAGUUCUCUUGCCGAUGAAAGCCCAUUAUUUCCUCUUCUUCGCUGGCACUGCUGCAACUCUUCCAUUCCUGCCUGUUUUUGCACAGGGGAACCUGGGUAUCACUGAAGUCGGGAUUGGUGUCAUAUAUGCAGUACUUCCUUUUCUGGGACUUCUCACGAAGACUGCACUAGGAUUUGUUGCUGACAAGUUUGAGAAGAGGAGGCUAAUAUUUCUUUCUUCUGUCUUGGCAACAGGAGUCUUCAUGUUUGUCAUUCAGUUUUCCAGAGCGAUACCACCUAUGCCAGAGUCAAUUGCUUGUCAGAAUGAAUUAUUGAGCCUCAGAAGGUAUAUCAGCAAUCAUGAUAAUUGUACUGUAGCCCUGCACAAUGUAGUCAAUGAGAAGGUUAUGUGCAACUUAUCUUGUACUGGAUUCACAUGUGAUGCCAUUCAUGAUCAAGAAGAAAUAUGUUCAUCAGAAAAAGAGGAGGUCAGACUUCAUAUUUUCCUGGAUGCAAGAAAUUAUAGUUUCGAGGAAAGUUGCAUUCUUUUCCCUCUUCUGCGGAAUGAUUCUACGUUCCCUGUGAAAGGUGAUUGCAAAGGGUUCCAUUCCACAUCAUGUAAAGUAACAUGUGAUGAUCCUGGCAUGAAAAGUUGCUUGGAUGAAGUUUCCUAUGAUGAUUAUAUAUAUACUACUGGAGAGUUCUGGAUUUACUUUGUGCUUAUUGCAUUUGCCUGGUGUUCCAUGGCUAUUGCCAUUAGCCUUUCUGACACAAUUUGCUUCCUGCUUCUUGGCUCACAUCCAGAAAGGUUUGGAAAUGAGAGGUUAUGGGGAACAAUCGGAUGGGGUAUCAUUGGACUCAGCAUUGGUGCAAUAAUUGACCAUGUGAACAAAGAGAAUGAAGAUAAAGCAGACUACUCCAUCGCUUUCUAUAUGGUUUUGGGAUUUCUUCUGGUGGAUUCCAUAUGCUCAUUGAAGCUCAGAGUGGAUGAGCACCAACACCAGAAGGAAGGGAAAACUAUGACAAGAGAGGUGUUGACUGUCCUUAUCAAGCCAGAGGUUCUGCUGUUUCUUCUAGCUGUUUUUACCAUUGGUGCUUGCACUGGUUUGCUAUGGAACUUUCUCUUCAUAUAUGUGAAUGAUUUGGGAGAACAAAAUGAUGACAAGAAUAUGAAGCUAUUGAUGGGUCUCAUCAUGGCUGUGCAGUGCUUCCUUGGCGAGCUGCCUUUUUUCUUCUUAUCUGGGAAGAUUCUCAAGAGAACUGGUCACAGCCAUGCUCUUUCCAUUGUCCUUCUGGUAUUUGGCCUGAGAUUCAUAAUAUACUCUUAUCUUGUGGAUCCUUGGUGGGUAUUACCAGUGGAGGUGUCUCAAGGAUUCACAUUUGGGAUUUUCUAUUCUGCUAUGACUUCUUAUGCUUAUGUGAUUUGCUCCUCACAAGUAGCUGCCACAAUGCAAGGUAUCUUUGGUGGCACAUUUGAAGGAAUAGGAAUGGCUGCUGGGAGUCUUAUUGGAGGAGUGGUGUAUAAACAUCAUGGAGGAAGCAAAACAUAUUAUUAUUUUGGUAUCUUCUCCCUUGGGGUCUGUGCCUUCCAAUUCCUUAUGGGCUUCGUGAUUCGAUUCUUUUCGAGGAAAACCAAUACUGACAUGGGGGAAGCAUGUUCCCUGUCAGGACCACCAAGCAUUGAGAAGAAGGAAGAAAUAAAAAUGUAAGCAUGUCCUAUUUGCUUGCAUUUGUAAAGUGGUUCCAAUAAGUUAGGCAGUGACAUUGCUCACUUUUCCAUUGAAAAAGCUCAUGAAUCUAAUGUAAAUGAAGGGAAAGGGAGCACCUGAAUGCUACCACUGCCUGAAAGUUUUGGAGCCACUAGAGUGGAAACCAGAAAGUAUUUACUAUCCAACCAGUCCAGUAUUUACUAUCCAACCAAUCUGAAGGAAUCCAAACAUUCCUUCAGAUGUAUUUUGAAUCAGGUAGGAACUCAGGGAUUUUGUGAGUCCUUUCCUUCCUAGAAAUUAUCCCAAGAGUAGAGCCUUUAUUCAGGAUAAAUUCAUUGUCUCUAUUAUAAGACUACUGAUACCAUCCAGGGAUACUUGUCUGUUGCCUAAAUUUGCUAUCAACAUCCUGUAAUGUGACAGUCCUCUUUAUAGAAUAUUUGAGUGCAAAGUGGCAGAGAUAAAUAGAUAUGAAGCUCCCCAAAAUCUGGAACUGCUAAACAACAGCAUUAUAAGUCCCUCAGAUUUUGUCACAUAUAGCUGCAAUGAGGCCAAGGGGCUGAAGCAUUGGGUUUAUAAUUCAUGUUAUGUGCAAUAUAGGAAAAAUGUCAAUCUUGGAGUACACAUGGUGCAAUAAUUCAAUGCCACACUUUUAAGUAUGCAACUUAAGUUUUUCCUUAUACCAUCCUUUAUUGAUAGAUUGGAGUCAUGGGCCUUUGCAAUAUAUUAUCAAGCUUACAUUUUCAUAUAUCCUUAAAAUGAGUUAUGAGGUUUUGUUCAGAAGUGUUACAAAUGUUGCCUUCUGGUGACUUUUACAUCAUUUGCUUUGCCAAUAAUGACUUGUAUUUUGCGAUUGCUCCAAAUCAAAUUUUAUUAGUUAAUUUCAGUUUAUUUCAUGCUGGCCACUGAAACACUAACAUCACUGACCAUGCUGGUCAGUGAUGUUAGUCUUACUCCCAUGGGAUCCUUUCAUGUAAUAUCAAGUCAUACAUGUAACUGGUGCCUGGUGGAUACAUCUCAUUAUUCAUGUAUUUAAAAAUUUCAGUAUUCAUAUGCUAUUACAUGAAAUUUUCUGUUUCAUCUAGUCAUGUGAAUUUUUUGCUCCUUUUUUUUAAAACUUGAUUUGUUGUAUAUAUGAUCUUUUGUUACCAUCAUAUUGUGAUAGUCACUGUGUUCAUUGUUUGAUGAGUCCUCUUAGUUCCUUUGAAGUAUUCCAUUAGGAUUUUCUUUACAAAUCCAUUUGUUUCCUGGUGAAAUGAUCGAACCAUUGUACUGUGGUCACUUAUGGUGUUAUAAAACAUGAUGAGCUUCAA